AUGGCUGGUGGUGUUGUGAAGCCCAGAGUUGGAUGGAUUGGAACAGGCGUCAUGGGUGCUAGCAUGGUUGGCCAUAUCCUGAAAAAAGGAUAUGAGGUCACCGUGUUUAAUCGUACACUAUCCAAGUGUGAAAGCAUCAAGGAACAAGGCGCACAAGUGGCGAGAUCCCCCGCAGAAGUGGCCAAGGUUUCUGAUAUCGUAUUUGGCAUUCUGGGCUAUCCAAGCGACGUGCGUAAGGUGUUUCUUGACCCUGAGUGGGGCGUAUUGUCCUCGAUUAGGUCGGGAGGUGUCAUCGUUGACAUGACCACCAGUGAACCGUCGUUAGCCAAGGAGAUUUACGAGGCUGCAAAGCUGAAAGGUGUCUCAAGUCUAGAUGCCCCCGUUUCAGGUGGCGAUAUCGGCGCACGUGAAGGCACACUAUCUAUCAUGGUUGGAGGUGACUCCAACACUGUCGAAUCUAUGCUGCCGCUUUUUGAAAUCAUGGGCAAGAACAUUCGACACAUGGGCGGCGCUGGCGCUGGUCAGCACACCAAGAUGGUGAACCAGAUCCUGAUUGCCACUAACAUGAUUGGCGUCGUUGAGGGUCUUCUUUAUGCGCAAAAGAGUGGCUUAGACGUAGAGGAAGCCAUUCGCGCUGUAAGUGCAGGUGCUGCUGGCUCCUGGUCAAUCAGCAACCUCGGACCUCGAAUCGCAAAGCGUGACUUUGACCCUGGUUUUUUCGUCGAGCAUUUUGUAAAGGACAUGGGUAUUGCACUGAAAGAAGCCAAUAGCAUGAACCUGUCCCUUCCUGGUCUUGCUCUCGCGAAUCAACUGUACACUGCUGUAAAGGCCCAGGGUCAUGGCCGUUUGGGAACGCAGUCUCUAAUGCUUGCAAUGGAACAGCUCAAUGGUAUUCAAUCAUCUAGUGCGAUCUAG